AUGGCAGCUGUGGGGGAAGCGGGCACCCUCCGGCUGCUCACACAAGAGGGGCCGCACACCCUCCAAGUGCCCGUGCGGCGGGGUGGGGAGGUGCGUCCCCAACAGCUGCCCGCGCUGGGGGGGGGGCGCACCCCGCUGGCUGCCUGCUUAUUCACCACUGGAGUACCCAAGCUGGACUUUGAGACAGUUGCGCUCUACUCCCUGAUAAUUUAUGCGAAAGACAACCAAGGGGCCACAGCAUCGCAGACCAUUUUAAUCCAGAUUGCAGAUGUAAAUGAGCCACCUGCCUUCACUGGAUCCCUCUCUCAGGGUGGCCAAGUUAUUAAAGUGGUUGAUCCUGGAGGACUUUUUACAACUGGAAACCUAAAGAUUUUCCUCAUCAAUGUCAAUGAUAAGGACCCUAUUCUCACCUGCAGUUUAUUUAGCAUCGACAACGCAGUCUUGAAUGUUACUUCUGUAAACUCAACCGUGCACAGUAAAGGUGACUUUACAUUAGAUGAAGAAAUUCCAAUCGGGAAAACGGUGGGCAUGUGCCAGGCCACAGAUGAAGACAACUUGGGAGAUUUAACCUUUGGAUUAGAUCCAGGAAACACUUACUUCGUAGUUGACAAAGAGCGAGGGACUCUGGUUACUGCAGCCCGCCUCGAUGUGGAGAAAGCAGGAUUUGCACGUGUUCACUCCUUCUCCAUUAGGGCUUGUGAUCUCGAUCAACGUUGUGCAGCAAUUUCUGUGACUGCCUAUAUCCGUGGCAUCAAUGACAACGUUCCUUUCUGUGAUCAAUAUGUGAUUAGGUACACGGGCAGAGAGGUGCUUGCAGAAAACACGGUAGUUGCAAGACUCUCGUGUCAUGACGUUGAUCAACCUCCUGACACACUCCAUUACACACCUCACUCGGGACCAAUUGGCUCUGGACAACUCUUUGAGCAGGUGCCCAAUGCUGCAAAUUUCAUCCAGGUUGCCAGAGAUUUGGAUUAUGAAAAUCCAGAGGUAGUCUCAGCUGGACAUAUCUAUGAAAUGAUGGUUUCAGUAUCCGAUGACUUUCAGCCCUCUCACACAGCAACUGUGACCAUCAUUGUGGGGAUUGCUCCAGUCAACGACUUCAGUCCUGUAUUUAAACCUGCACACUACUUCUUCUCUGUUCCAGAAACGGCAGGAGCUUUCUACAAAGUUGGCAGAGUGACAGCCAUUGAUGAAGACCAUCCACCAAACUGUGUGACUUACAGAAUAACCAAUGGAGACAUCCAGGUCAUACAAAGGUUUUGGAUUCACCCACUCUCUGGGAUGAUUGAACUCACCACGCAGCCUGACUAUGAGUCUGUGAAGCAAUAUAAUCUCACUGUGGAAGCUGUGGACUGUGACAGAUUUCAGCCUCACACAGCUAUUACUGUGGUCACUGUUGACAUUGGAGACGAGAAUGAUGAAGCACCCAGCUGUAGCCCUCUACUGUAUAAGGCAGUGAUUCCUGACAAUAUUGCUGCUGGGACCAACAUCAAUGGCUUCAAACUAAACUGCCAUGACAGAGAUUCACAAGAUUUUGAAAUGCGCUUCGAGAUUGUUUCUGGUAAUGACAAUCAUCAUUUUGGAUUCGACCCUUCUCAAGGCUCAAAUACUCCAAAGUUAAUUGUGAAGUAUCCUUUCGACUUUGAUGCUGGAAUCGAGCUGCAGCGGCAGUUUCAUCUUGUGGUGCACGUAAUCGAUGACAACUUGAAAUAUGGCAGAACCACCACAGCCAGGACAGGCACAGUUGUUAUAGAUAUUUAUGUGACGAGGGCCAACACCCCGCCGCCUCCAACCACCAGUUCUGAACAAAGGAAAGGCCUGACCAUUGUGCAUACAGCUAUCAACACGUACAAAUCCAGUGACUGGUACAUUCCUUUCCUCUUGACUUUGAUGGCUGUGUUGUUUGCUGUGCUGGCUGCCUGGGUGUGCUUCCUGCUUUGGAGAUACGGCAACAUUAAGGAAUGCUGUCAGAAAAUGGCCAAAGAAGUGUCCAAGCCCAAACCAAAAGGAAUGAAGUACAUUGCAGAAGAUAUAAAUCAAAAGGAAAAGCUUGUCACCGGAAACAGAAAUAAAAAACUAGAAGUAUUAACAAUACCAACAUCCUUUCCUGUCCAGGUCCUGGCAGCCCAGGACAUUACCGCAUGA